AUGGUCUCAUUUGAUAGCUUUCCGGUCCUUUUAAUCGGCUUAAACUUUUGUCCGGAAAAAGUGGAUGACACACUUUUCCUGUUCAUCCCGCUCACACGCGAAUCGCAGAAUCCGUGUCCCCCGAGGCGAACUCUGCCAGUCUUCUCUUCGCUUCACGUUGUCUCCAGGUCUGCUCUUCUCGGGCAGUCCGCUGUUUGCCGACUCGAUACAGACCUCACUCAAGAUUGUGUCCUAGUCGGGCAGUUCGAGUACCGCGACGUCGCUAUGCGCCCAGUCAACGCCGACAAAGGAGACUAA